AAGUAGAGUAAAUAAAUCAUAAACAGGAUUUUACAGUUUAAAUGCAAAUGUUGAUGCUCCUCUUAGACACUGUUCUUUGUUCUCUUUCGGGUGUACAAGCAGCUGUCUUGUUUGUAUGUAAGUGUUUUACUGCUGUGUUUAUUUUUUUCAUGAGUUUUUGUAUUGCUUCGCUGAUGUACCGUAUGGUUUUGACAUCUUGAAAGUCAACGUGGGGACUGAUGAGAUCCUCAGAGACAGAACAGCGGCAAACAGCUUCCCGCCAAGAAAAAGAAGAGGGCCAAGAAAAAAGUGUCGGCCGCCAAGGGCAAGAAGAGCGACGCCCAAGCAGGACGCUCCUCGUCCAGCCCCAAGAAGUCCAGAGCGGGGAGCAAGUCCAAGGCCAUCGUCAUGGACUCCAGCACAGACGACGAGAAGCAUGACGAGGAAGAGAAGGUGACGGCGAGGGACAAGUGGUCGGAAAAAGAGGAAGAGUCGUUGGAAAAAGAGUUGAAAACUUACCUGCAGGACUAAGUGUGCACUUGGAUCUUCAAUCCGCCAAACUCUUCCCACAUUGGAGGAGUGUGGGAAAGACUAAUUGGCAUCACGCGCCGUAUCCUGGAUGCAUUGCUCCUUAAGGAGGGAGGCUCUCACCUUUCUCAUGAGGUGCUCACCACUCUCAUGGCUGAGGUCAUGGCAAUUAUAAACGCAAGACCUCUCAUUCCAGUUUCAACUAAACCAGAGAUGCCAGCAAUACUAACACCUGCAACCUUGCUGACACUGAAGAGAGACGUCAUAUCUGCACCGCCAGGAGACUUCAACGUGAAAGACAUCCACUCACAACAAUGGCGGCAAGUCCAAUCUCUCUCUGAUAGAUCCGGGAAGCGAUGGAAACAAGAAUACCUGUCAACCAUACAAACUAGGAGAAAAUGGUAUGCAGAAAGGCCUAACCUGCAAAUUGGAGACCUAGUACUACUGAAAGACGGCCAGGUGAGAAGAAAUGAAUGUCCCACUGGACUCAUCGUCAAGUCUAUCAACAGCCAUGACAGCAAAGUAAGAAAAGUAGAUGUUAAGAUCAUCCGACAAGGUACUCCAAUAAUCUACACUAGACCUGUUUCAGAGGUUGUGUUGCUCCUUCGUAAAGAGACUGUAUAGUGGUAUAAAACAUUAUACCAAGCGGGGAGUGUUAUGCCCGUUUGAUUGUGGACUAUUACUGACACCUUGUGGCGAUGGGAAAUGCUGCGCGUCAUUAGUUUGGGCACUUCCGGUUUACUUUGGGCACUUCCGGUUUACGAUGUUUGUCUAGUUCAUAAACAAUAAGAAGUAGUCGAGUUGUGUUAACUCUUACAAGCCUUGGAAAAGAUAAGUCUAUGUCUGUGAAGAACAUCUUCUCCCUGAGCAACAGAUGUUGAGCUUUAGGAUGAAGCCACAGCCCUCCGACAUUAAAAAGGAAGAGGAACACCCACUAAUCCCCCAUUUUAAAGCAGAAGAGGAUGACCCACUGACCACUCACAUCAAAGAGGAAGAGGAGGACCCAUUGACCCCCCAUUUUAAAAAGAAAGAGGAGGAGCCACUGAUAAGCCAUUUUAAAGAGAAAGAGGGGGACCCACUGAGCCCUCAAAUUAAAGAGGAAGAGCCACUGACCCCUCACAUUAAAAAGGAAGAGGAGGACCCACUGACCCCUCACAUUAAAGAGGAAGAGGAAGAGCACAGCAUCAGUCAGCAGGGAGAGCAUCUAGAAGGACUGGAGGAGGUUGAUGUCACCAAGAUGCCAGUGACUGGUGUCCCUGUGAAGAGUGAAGGUGAUGAGGUGAAAGGUGAAAGUGAGGAGAGGGGAGGGGGGGAGCCUCCAAGCAGCAGCUCAACACAACACAUGACAACAGAAGCUGAUGGAGACCACUGUGGAGGAUCACAAGCAGACAAGCUCUUAGCUCCACUAUCAGAUAGUGAGGACACAACGUCACACUCUCCUGACACUGAUGAUGAAGACUCUAAAGAUGAUAAGACAUGUCACACUGACAACACUCACUUCACAUCUUCUCACUCUCACAAAACCUUUAAAUACCAUUGUAGUCUGAAAGUACACAUGAGAACACACACUGGAGAAAAACCUUUUUCUUGUUCACUCUGUGGUAAAGGUUUUACACAAAGUCACCAUUUGAAAAGACACAUGAGAACACACACUGGUGAAAAACCUUUUUCUUGCUCAGAAUGUGGUAAAGGUUUUACUCAAAGGGACCAUUUCAAGGCACACAUGAGAAGACACACUGGAGAAAAACCUUUUUCCUGCUCAGAAUGUGGUAAAAGUUUUGUAUUAAAUCAAAGUUUAAAAUUACACAUUAGAAUACACACUGGAGAAAGACCUUUUUCAUGUUCAAUCUGCGGUAAAAAUUCUGUUCAAAAGGAUUAUUUCAAGGCACACAUGAGAAGAUACACUGGAGAAAAACCUUGUUUCUUGUUCAAUCUGUAGUGAAGGUUUUGUUGUAAGUCAACAGUUGAAAGUACUCAUGAGAAGACACACUGGAGAAAAACCUUUUUCCUGCUCGGAAUGUGGUAAAAGUUUUGUACUAAAUCAAAGUUUAAAAGAACACAUGAGAAUACACACUACAGAAAAAACUUUUUCCUGUUUAGAAUGUGGUAAAAGUUUUGUAAGAAAUCACAAUUUAAAAGUACACAUGAGAACACACACUGGAGAAAAACCUUUUUCCUGCUCAGAAUGUGGUAAAAGUUUUGUACUAAAUCAAAAUUUAAAAGAACACAUGAGAAUACAUACUAAAGAAAAAACUUUCUCCUGUUUAGAAUGUGGUAAAAGUUUUGUAAGAAAUCACAGUUUGAAAGUACACAUGAGAACACACACUGGAGAAAAAGCGUUUUCAUGUUCAAUCUGCGGUAAAGAUUUUACUCGAAGGAACAAUUUGAAAAAACACAUGAGAGUACACUCUGGAGAAAAAACUUUUUCCUGCUAAGAUUGUGGUAAACGUGCUGUAUAAAUUGUAGUUUAAAAGUACACAUGAGAACACACACUGGUGAAAAACCUUUUAUAUGUUCAGUAUGUGGUAAAAGUUAAAUAGAAAGUCAGCAAUUAAAAUCACACAUGAGAACGCACUCAGGUGAAAAACCAUACUUCUGUUCAAUCUGCAAUAAACGCUUAUCUCACCUAAGAUCUAUUAAAGUACACAUGAGAAGACACCCAGGAGAGAAAGUGUUGAGUUGCAGUGUGUGUGGUGAAAGAUUGUCUUCUAAGUACCAGUGUAAGAAACACAAGUGUGCUGGUGAGAACAGCAGCAGCAAAUGAAACUGCAGGAUUUGAAAUAAACUGUCCAGACUUUCAUUUUGACUUUCUAACAACAUCAGCACAUAUAACAUGUGUGACAUUGUUGUUUGUCUAACAAUCUUGUUAAUAUGAUUCUAACAUUUAUAGAUUAGACACUUCAGAUUAGCGAUUUUAUUACAGUCAAAUACAUGAUUUAAUAUACACAUUUGUGUACUUUGAAAUGAACAGAACAAUUUGACUGAAAGGGUGCGAAUAAACAGUACAUAAAAUUAUGUUACAUACAAUAAACAUUCUGCGAUGAGGUGGCGACUUGUCCAGGGUGUACCCUGCCUUCCGCCCGAUUGUAGCUGAGAUAGGCGAAAGGGAAUAAGCGGUAAAAAAUGGAUGGAUGGAUGGACAAUAAACAUUGUAUGUGUAAAUAUCCAUAAUUUACCUUUAUACUUAUUCAUAAUAGUGUUUUAUAUGUUUUUUGAAGAAUGACGUGUUACAUAUUUUAUUUUCUAAUUCUAGAUGAUUCCAUAGAUGAACUCCUUUAUAUGAUGUACAUAUUUGUUUUACAUGUGUUCAUACCUUUGCUUUUGAGUACACAUAAAUCCCUCUUAGUUCAUAUUUACUGCUUCACAUCUGAAACAUCUUCUGGACCACUUCUGGAAGCAUAUUAUUAUUUACUUUAUACAUCAUUUGAACAAUUGUCUUUUAUACAAGAUCAUUUAAUUUUAAAAUGUGUGACUUUAUGAAUCAUUUGUUGGGUCUCUAUAAUCCAUUCUAUUAAUUGUCUUUAUUACUCUCUUUUGUAAUAUGAAUAUUGAUGUGUGAUUGUUUUAUA